AUGAACUGGAUGAACGCUGAGGAGACUCUGCGCAGGGCCGAGACGCCUCUCUUCUGGGUCGGUGCAUUAACUGUGGCCUCCCUGGCGCUGUGGCUGCUCUACAGGCUGCUCUCAGGCUUUAGGAUCUGGGUCUUGGGAAACGGGCAGCUGCUCUCUCCGAAGCUGGGCAAAUGGGCAGUUGUGACAGGAGCCACGGAUGGAAUCGGGAAAUCCUAUGCGGAGGAGCUGGCUCGUCGAGGAUUUGCCAUGAUGUUGAUCAGUCGCACACAGCACAAGCUGGAUGACGUGGCCAGGUCACUUGAGGAGCAGUUUAAAGUGGAGACCAGGACAAUUGCAGUUGACUUUGGCAAGACCGACAUCUAUUCCAAGAUCGAGGCGGGGCUGGCUGGUCUGGAGAUUGGUGUUCUUGUCAACAACGUUGGUGUGUCCUACCCCUAUCCUGAGUACUACCUUAAUAUUCCUGAUCUGGACAAUUUCAUCACAAAUCUGAUCAACGUCAACAUGACCUCAGUGUGCCAGAUGACCCGUCUGGUGCUGCCCAGAAUGGUUGAGAGGUCCAAAGGUGUUAUCCUCAACAUCUCCUCUGCCAGUGGCAUGUACCCCCUCCCUCUGCUUACAGUCUAUUCUUCCACAAAGGCCUUUGUGGAUUUCUUCUCUCGUGGCCUUCAGGAGGAGUACAGGCGCCAGGGCAUCAUCAUUCAGAGCGUGCUGCCCUUCUUUGUGGCCACUAAAAUGACUCGUAUCAGGAAGCCCACCCUGGACAAGCCCACCCCAGAGCGCUAUGUUGCAGCUGAGCUCAACACUGUGGGUCUGCAAAGCCAGACCAAUGGCUAUUUCCCCCAUGCUGUCAUGGGUUGGGUGACUACCAAGAUGGUGCCAAUCAACCUCGUCAUCUUCCUGGGAGCUACAAUGAACCGUCUGCAACGUUCCGGAUACCUGCACCGGAGGAAGCUGCGGGAGCAGAAGAAUGGUGCAAAUUUGAAGAGUGAUUAGGAGAGCACAGACAAAUCUUCAUGCAGCCACUCGGUUCUGACCCAAUGCAGUGUUUAAGGUGUAAAAGAGAUUGUGUUUGUAUUUGUGUGAUUGAUCUUCCAGGAUUGCCUGAGAUUUCACUUUGUGCAUUCAGUAAAUGUGCCCAUCAAUGCAUGUAUAUGCCUUAGUGCCAAAUGGCAACCUCUGCUCUGGUGUGAUUGUAUGGAGAGAAACGGCUAAAGAAGGCAGGAGCUGAAAUGAUAAAAUGCUGCUCUUGGCAAAGGACAUUAGUACUUUUUGUCAGUAACACUGAUGGUGGAAAUAAUGCAGCCAAAAAAUGGGUGACUUGUUAACCCUGCUGUUGUAAGCAGUGGAGACUGGUGGUGGGCAUCCUUUUUAUAUAUGUAUAAUUAUUUAUUUUAUAUUCCUAUGAACACAUGAGCCAAACUCAGACCUUUAGGCUAGCCGUUUACAAAUCUGAGCCAUUUAAAGAUGGCCAUCUCUGCUUCUUAUCAUGUCAUUUUACUUGCAUCGCUGAAUUGUUAUCAUGCAUUGGCUCUUUUUCUAUAAUAUCACGUGUUUACAGUAUAUUUAAAAUAAUACCUUGUGGUGGGUUGCUGAUGCACCAGUGUAUCACUCGUUCUAAACCAAAGUUUUGUUUUUUUUUUGUAGUUAUCGCUGUCACAUUAAACACAAGUGCCUUUCUGUUGACAUUAAAGCUGGAACGGGUCAGACUCAAUGAGAGGGUAUUGACUGGAUUAAAAUGUAUUAUUAGAUGAUGUAAUUCAAUUGGUGCUAUGUCCAUGUGAACUACACAGUUGCUCCACUUCCUGCCUCUUUUUUUUUUUUUUUUUUUAUCAAAAUGUAAA